UGCAUGCAGGAUUUGCGCGGGCAGCGAGCUGGUUUUCAAUCUAACAUCUAGCUUGGGCUUCUUGGAUCCCCUCGUCACCGUCCGCAAUGCCCAGCGGGGCCCCAGGAGCCACGGCCGUCGCCAUGCAGGAGGCUGUAGAGGCAGCCGGGAAGAUUAUCGACCGCCAGGUCCUGGAAGACCGAGCCUACCCGGACCUAUCCGAGCUGCUCAAUGUCCCCGCUCACAAUAGUCCUACUAUAUCUGGUGUUUCCGAAAUGGAUUACCCUCUGCAAGGACCUGGCCAGUUGACUGUUCCCAAUCUUCCAGAGCUUAGUAUGAUGCACAGAGUGCCACUUCCUCCAGAACUGGUCGAGCAGUUUGGGCAUAUGCAGUGCAACUGCAUGAUGGGUGUGUUUCCAGAAAUCAAUAGGGCUUGGCUGACUAUUGAUAGUGAUAUAUUCAUGUGGAACUACGAAGAUGGAGGGGAUGUUGCUUAUUUUGAUGGCCUCAGUGAAAUAAUACUCUCAGUUGGAAUAGUAAAGCCAAAGUCAGGUAUUUUCCAACCUCACAUCAAUUACCUGCUUGUACUUGCAACACCUGUUGACAUUGUGAUCCUAGGAGUGAGUUUUACCGGCCUACAAGCAGGUCAUCUGAAUGACAGCAUGUCUGGAGGGAUUCAGCUACUUCCAGAGCCACUUUACUCCUUGCCUACAGAUAACACAUAUUUAUUGUCCAUAACCUCAACUGACAAUGGGCGCAUCUUCAUGUCUGGAAAAGAUGGAUGCCUCUAUGAAGUUGCCUACCAGGCAGAAGCUGGUUGGUUUAGUCAAAGAUGCCGGAAAAUUAACCAUUCUAAGAAUUCACUAUCUUUCCUUAUACCUUCAAUAUUGCAAUACCCUUUCUCAGAAGAUGAUGGCUUAGUUCAAAUUGCCAUUGACAACUCAAGGAACAUUCUAUAUACUCGUUCGGAGAAAGGUGUACUUCAGGUGUAUGACUUGGGCCAAGAUGGUCAUGGGAUGAGCAGGGUUGCUUCUUUAUCUCAGAACCAUAUUGUAUCAGCAGCUGGAAACAUUGCAAGGACAAUAGAUCGCUCAGUUUUUAAACCCAUUGUUCAGAUAGCAGUGAUUGAGAAAUCUGAAUCUAUGAAUUGUCACUUGCUUGCUGUGACGCACGCAGGUGUUCGGUUAUAUUUUAGUACAGUGCCGUUUAAACAACCUGCAGCCCGUCCCUGUAUGUUGUCCUUGGUGCAUGUUCGAUUACCUCCAGGAUUCUCAGCUUCCUCAAAUGUGGAAAAACCAUCCAAGGUGCAUAAAGCUCUUUACAACAAUGGUGUCUUACUGAUGACUGCUUCAGAAAAUGAAGACCGUGACCUUUUGUGGUGCAUCAGCCAUGAUUCUUUCCCAUUUCAAAAACCAAUGAUGGAAAUGCAGGUGGCUGUUCAGGUCGAUGGCCAUUCCUGGGCUGUAUCUGCAAUAGAUGAAAUAAAACCUGAAAAGAUUGUGACUCCAUUGAAUAGUGAAAUUAUUCCAAUAACUGAUUCACCGGUUUUAUUUCAACAACACAUGGUGCCACCAAAGAAAUUUGUGCUUCUCUCUGCACAGGGGAGUCUUAUUUUCUCUAAGCUGCGGCCAGUGGAUCAGCUACGACAUCUCCUUGUUACCAACACUGGAGGAGAAGGGGAAGAAAUAGAGCAGUUUUUCAAAUUGCAUCAGGAAAACCAAACCUGUGCUACUUGCUUAAUUCUUGCUUGCUCUACGGCUGCUUGCGAUCGAGAGGUCUCCACAUGGGCAACGCGGGCAUUCUUCAGGUAUGGCGGAGAGGCCCAGGUGAGACUUCAGCCUUCACUACCUGCUCCAAGCACUGUGGGACCUAUAUUUGGUUCUCCUUUGCCCAUAGCAUCCCCUAUGACUGUUGCCAGUCCAGGUCCUAAUCCUAGCUUUCUUGGAACUCCAACUCAAGGUAUCUACCCUACAAAUAUCUCAACCCCAAUGCAUAUAAUUGGAACACCUGUACAUCAGCCUACCUCUUCCAUAACCGGCAUAAUGGGACCAGAAGUCGUAUAUUCUGGGAAACACAAUGGUAUCUGCCUCUAUUUCUCUCGAAUUGUUGGUAAUAUUUGGGAUGGAAGCAUGACUGUUGAGAAAACCUUUAAGAGUGGGAACAGAGAAGUCACAGUGGUUGACAGCAGUGUCACGCCACAACAUCUAGCGACAGUGCUCCAGAAACUAAAAGGAUUGCUGGAAUUUCUGGAUAGAAAUUCACAGUUUGCUGCAGGAACCUUUGGAAACCCUAGUUUCGGAACACCUACAAACCUUCACCACAGAUUCGUGAACCUUGGACGGCAUGACACUGGGAAUUCUCACCAAGUCCAACAAGAACUCCAGAGAAAAUUCCAUACUGAAGCACAACUGUCAGAGAAGCUGUCUCUUCAGGGUAUCCAUCAGCUGGUCAGGAAAACAUGCCAAGCUUUGUCCCUGUGGAAACUACUCUGUGAAAACCAGUUUAGUCUCAUUGUGGCUGAACUGCCAAAGGAGCUGCAGGAGCAUUUAAAGAUAACUGCUUUUAAAGAUCUGGUGGUACGGGACAAAGAGCUGGCAGGAGCUCUGAUUUCAUCAUUGGUCAAUUGUUUUAUUCGGGACAAUACAACAGUUGAUGCUAUAAGCACUUACCUGCGGGACGUUUGUCCUCUCUUUUACAGCACUGAUGAUGCAGUGUGUUCAAAGGCAAAUGAAUUGUUGCAAAGAUCACGCCAGGUUCAGAACAGGUUGGAUAAAGAGAGGCUGUUACGAGAAUCGUUAAAGGAAUACCGCAAAAUCAGUCAUCAGGUUGAUCUUGCAAAUGUGUGUGCCCAGUAUAGACAAGUGCGUUUCUAUGAGGGAGUGGUGGAACUGUGCCUUACUGCUGCUGAGAAGAAAGAUCCUCAAGGACUUGGGCUACAUUUUCACAAGAACGAUGAACCCGAAGAAGAUGCUGCUGGUCUCCAGGCAUUCCAGGAGAGAUUGAACUGCUAUAAGUGCAUCACUGAUGCCCUCCAGGAGCUGGUAAAUCAAAGCAAAGCUGCCCCUCAGUCCCCCAGUGUUCCAAAGAAGCCAGGUCCACCGGUCUUAUCAUCUGAUCCCAACAUGCUCAGCAAUGAGGAAGCCAGUCUACAUUUUGAACAAAUGCUGAAGUUGGCUCAGCGCUCUACAGACGAACUCUUCAACAUUGCGCUGUUCAAUUGGCUGAUACAAGCAGAUCUUACGGAUAAGCUGUUGGAGCUGAACUCUCCAUUUUUGGAGCCACAUUUGGUUCGUAUGGCGAAGAUUGAUCAAAAUAAAGUGCGCUAUAUGGAUUUGCUCUGGAGAUACUAUGAGAAGAACCGGAAUUUCAGCAGCGCUGCUAGAGUCGUUGCCUCAUUGGCAGAUGUGCAUAGCUCUGAUAUAUCACUCAGGCAGCGCCUCGAGUACCUUUCUAGAGCCAUACUAAGCGCUAAGAGCUCCUCUGGUAUGUCUGCCCUCCCUGCUGAUGGAGAGUUCCUGCAUAUGCUGGAAGAAAAAAUGGAGGUUGCUCGGAUACAGCUUCAGAUUCAGGAUGCAUUAUUAAAGCGGAAUUUCUCUCAAGCGGAGGUGCAAGAAGCUGUUGCAAACCUAGACUCCCAGCUUAUGGAUAUCUCAAAGCUUUACGCAGAGUAUGCUGACCUCUUCAAGCUUUCUGAAUGCAAGUUGGCCAUUGUACAUUGCGGUAGCUAUUCUGACCCCAUCAUGGUUCAAACCUUAUGGCAAGAAAUCAUAGACAAGGAAUUGGCUGACAGCAGAGACAUGGAACCUGCAAAUCAGAUGCAAUCAUUAAAUCUGAAGCUUACAUCACUUGGAAAGAUUUACUCUAGUACACCCCGCUACUUUCCUUUGGAAUUCUUGGUUCGGUACUUGGAACAGCAGGUUUGCAGUUUGAACUGGGACGUUGGUUUUGUCACGUAUACCAUGGAGGGAAUUGAUGUGCCCAUCUCAAAAUUACUUGAAGUUUAUGAUCACUUAUUUAAAGCACGGGAGCCUUACUGGAACCGAAUGAAGAAGCCUUUACACUUGCUAGAAUGCAUCCACAUGCUGAUCCUCUCUUUUGUGCAGAACCCAAGCAAAGUCCCAAACUACGAAAGGCGGCGCUUUGUGAAUGUUUGUUUGGAUGUGAUUUCUUGCUACCUCGUGCAUCUUCAGUCAAUGGACUCAACCGUGUCAUUGCAGACAGCCAUUGGGAACUUCAGGUCUUUGCAGGCCAAAUUAGAAAGAUUGAACUACUGAGUUCACAAGAGCAGAUAUCUCCUCUCUUAAGUAAUAACUAUAAACUAAGAAAAAGCUUCUUUCAAGGAUCGACUUCAAGCAAUCACCUGGUCUCUGAGCUUCUGCAAAUUUGAGCAGACUGACUAUUGUAUUCUUUUUUUU